CAUAUGUGAAUAUGCUCGGCAUGUGAAUGAUAGGCAUGAUAGAAAGAACGGUACUAUAACCAUAACCACGAAACGGUUAAUAGUAACAAGUGCGGAAAAGGACUACGUAUGUGUGUGUGUGUGUGUGCUUAAGUGUGUAAGUGUGUAUGCAUGCAUAUAUUGUUGGCUCGCAUAUCGAGGUAGACGUUGACAGAAUCAAACCGGAGACAGUGUGAAAACUUAGUAGUCCGGGCACUAGUUGUGUUGACCUUUAGAAAUGUCGUAGCCAUUUGGCAUCUAUAUUUUGUAUACCUUCCACACAACUCGACAAUAAAAAACACACAAUUUUGUAUUAUAAUUUUGAUCUUAUUUUCCAAAAAUCACCGCGAGUUAUUCGAGACGCGUGAUUCCGAUAAGUUCAGCGGAUUCGCAAGUGGAAAACGUUCAAAUUAUAAAGUCGCAGGAGCAGUUAAAACAAAACAUAUUACAUUUGAUUUGGUUCAAGAAGCCCAGAAACAAUUUAUUUGAAUAGAUGGCGGUUUCCGAAUAACGGUUCACGAAUUAGCGGACAACUGGAACUGAUCACUCAUUCAAUAAAUCAACCAAUCAAUCAAACAAACAAACAUCGAUCCACCCAUCGAUAAACCACUGCAAUUUUUUUUUGCCAUCACUUACUACGUUUUCUCAUAUACGUUGUUCACAACACAUCUAGAGUUGCAUUUGGAUUCAACACUCGUUCUAAUACCCAAUAUUAAUCAUUUGUGAUUUCAUUUAAACAUAUCUACAUAUACAUAUAUACACUUUUUUUUGCUUCUGUGUGUGUGUGUAUAUAUAUAUAUAUAUAUACAUAUAGCGUGUGCAAAUUGUAAGUUGAUGUUGUCAGUACUGCAAUAGCCGCUCAUAGUUCGAUUGCCAACGAGUCGCCACAGCUUGGCUCGGCCAAGUGGAACAUUUAGGGGCCUCCAGCUCCGGGUCUAGCUCCCAUCCAUCCAUCAAUUCAUCCAUUCAUCGGCAGCCGCCAUAGAAAGUGCUGAAGUGCUUGCCACAAACUGGCGCCCGCACAGGACGAAGCCGACCGGCGGCACGUCGCACAAAAAGUUGGCGGAUCCGUUGAUAAUAUUGCAAUUCCAGAGCUGGAGGUGGAUAAGCGGAAAUACCGCCGUCGGCAUCGAAAACUAGCGGAGCAACAAGAACACUUACAACAACAACUACGACUGGCACAACAACAACAACAACAGCAACAGCAGCAGCAAAAACACCAGCUGCAGCCAGAUCAACCACAACCACAGCAACCACAGCAACCACAGCAACCACUGCAGCCAGUGCCAUCAGUGGAACCACAGCAGGUAGUAGAUAAACCGCGGGAGGCGCAUCAAUACCACGCUCAACACAUGCGGAUACGGAAGACCGAAUCACUGCCCAGGCCUGUUUACAAGGAUAGAGAGCGGCAUAAGGACCGGAACAGGGAAAAGGAUAAGGAGAAGGAUAAGCAGAAAGAGAAGCAUAAGGAUAAGGAGAGGGACAGGCAAAUGGCCGAACGGCUAGCGAAUGCUCAGGAGCGACGCAUACAUGAGCUUGAUAAGAAUGUGGAGCGCUUUUUUGAAGUGCGCAAGCGUCUGGGCAAGGGCGCCUACGGCAUUGUGUGGAAGGCCACGGACAGGCGACAAAAGGACACCGUGGCACUCAAGAAGAUCUAUGACGCCUUCCGGGAUGAAACCGAUGCACAGCGCACCUAUCGCGAGGUCGUCUUCCUGCGCGCCUUUCGGCAUCAUCCGAACAUCAUUCGGAUGCUGGACAUCUUCAAAGCUGCAAACAAUCUGGACUUCUAUUUGGUCUUCGAGUUCAUGGACAGCGAUCUGCACAAUGUCAUCAAAAAGGGCGACGUCCUCAAGGACAUACACAAGCGCUUCGUCAUGUAUCAGCUGAUCAAUGCGAUCAAGUAUAUGCACUCCGGUAAUGUCAUCCACAGGGAUCUAAAGCCAAGCAACAUUCUGAUCGAUAGCAAGUGCAGGCUUAAGGUAGCCGACUUUGGUCUGGCGCGCACUCUGUGCACGAAGCGGCGAAGCAACGCGGAUUUGGACUGCAAGGAUGAGCUCGAUAACGAGGCGAUGCUGACAGAUUAUGUGGCGACCCGUUGGUAUCGGGCACCCGAAAUACUGGUGGCCAGUCGCAAGUAUACGAAGGGCAUUGAUAUGUGGAGUCUGGGCUGCAUACUGGGCGAGAUGAUACGCCAGAAGCCGCUCUUCCAAGGCACCAGCACCAUCAAUCAGAUUGAGAAGAUAGUGAAUGCGCUGCCGGAGGUGACGGAUCGCGAUAUCGAAUCCAUCGGAGCUAGCUUCGGGUCGGUGCUGCUCAGCAAGAAGAUCGUGCGGGACCGGCGGUACUCCCUGGACGAGAUACUGCGCAAUUGCUGUGACGAUGCAUUGUCGCUGGUAAAGUCACUGCUGGUGCUCGAUCCGGAAGGGCGGCUAACCGCCAAGGAGGCCAUCGCCCACUCCUAUGUGCAUCGCUUUCGCACCUCCUCGGCGAACAUGGAGCUGCGUGCCGACAUCAGGCCGCCGUUGGACGACGAUACGCGGUACGGCGUCGAUGAGUACCGUACCACCCUCUACGAAAUGAUUGCGCCCGAGCUGCGAUCUAGUGAGGGGCACUCGUCCACUACACCAGUGAUCUCAACGGUUAGCUCCGAUCAGCCGUCGAGCCAGACGCCGAGCGGUGCGCGAUCUGAAUCGAAAUCUAGGCAAUCCGCAAGCAGUUCCCAGGCCACCGUACAAACGGAUCCGCCCGGACAGCCGAUUUCCACAUUGACCAAGGCCUGGGUGGAGGAGCAACGGAAGCAGCAACAUUUCCAGACACAUCCACACCAACACACGCACACGCACCCGCACCCGCACGCUCAACAGCACCCGCAUUCGCAUCCGCAGCAGCAGCAACAGCAACAGCAACAGCAGCAGCAGCAACAGCAGCAACAGCAGCAGCAGCAGCAACAACAGCAGCAGCAACAGAUGACACAGCAACAACUGCAGAAAUGGCAACGGCAACGGCAACGGCAGCUGCAACAGGAACGGAUACAGCAACAUCAGCUACGGGUACAGCAACAGCUACAGGAGCAAGAGCGACGGGAUAAAAUUUACGAAGAGCAAAUGGUAAAAGUGCGCCACCUGCAGGAGCAGCAGCAGCGGAUAGAGUAUCGGUUAGCUCAGCAGGAGUUGAGGCGGAUAGAGCAGCUUUUAGAAAGGGAUCAUCAGGAGAAAUUGAAAAAGAAGCAGCAACCACAGCAACAGCAGGAGCUGCAACAGCAACAACAGCAGCAGGAGCAACAAAAACGGGAAUCAGCUCACAUGGCCUUGCGUCGAGAACUGGCAGCUGCUGCAGCAGCGGCAGCCACAGCCACAGCCACAGCACCAGCCAUAGCCACAGCCUCAGUGGCUGCCACAGCUCCGCGCUGCAUAGGUGGCAUUUGGCGGACGCCAGUGACGAGUCAAUCGGGCACGGUAGUGCCACCGCUGCAUCUGUGGGAGGAGUCGCCGCCCACGGCGGCAGAAAUCGAGGUGGUCGGUGAGGGGCUGUGCUCCACGGCUCAGCUGAGGGCGAGAGUGAGGAAAUUGCGCCGCGAAUGCAAGGAGAGGCGCAUGGCCAGGACCAAAGCCGACGAACAGCACCGGCGAUCAACUCCGGCCGAGUCGGUUAAUAAAUAUAAGGAGCACAUAUCGCGCCCCCGCCAGGCGAGCCCAUCAGGCUUGGCCAAGUCGCGAGCUGAGGCUAUCAAGCAGCAGUUGAAGGAGUACACUCAAACAAAAAACGCUGACCGGCAGCAUUCCAAGGCCUUGCGUUUCGAUCCGGCUCACGGGCAUGCGCCAGCUCCUCGACGCUCGUCGUCGAAUAGUUCCGAUUCAUCGCGAACGGUGCAAGCGUUUCCGCCGGCUCAGUCCGAUGCUGCGGCCAGCCAGACCCCCUCUGCGGAGGAGCAACAACGCAAGGAUCGGAAAUCCGCGGAGCUGACCACAGCCCUGGAGCGAAUGCAGCUGGAGCAUCGCGAGCUGCAGCAGAAAAAAUGUAAUAUUAACGACGCUGACGGCGGGAAUCAGCGCAGUCAGCUGCCGCCAAAGCAUCAGAUGCGUAAAAUGGUCCGGGAGUCCACGGGCAAUGGGAUGCGCGCCCCACGCCACCAGCGUCGGGUGAAUUACUUGAGUCCCGGGAACAGGGCCGAUCGCUUCUAUACGCCAGAAGGCACCGUCCGGCCGGUGGACAAAGUGGUCCCCAUGGACGAGAAGACAGACGAUGCGUUGAGGGCGUCGAACGCAUCGGCGGCAUUCAUUUGCUAUAAGACGCGGCUGCUCCGGCUGGAGGAGGAGAUGGCCAAGUGCAAGCGCCAGCUGUUUCACUACGUCCAGGACAACCAACAGCUUCUGAACAAGCAGGGACUGCGCCAUCAUAUCGAACGCUUGCUGCACUCCCCGCCGUCGGUGAUGAGCAACAAGUCCGAAAAUACGCCGGUAUUGCCGCCGUCGGCCAUAAAGAGCACCAUCAAAACGCCACAAAGCGACUCCGGCGUCGAGGCGGAUCACCCCAAACUCGAUCGGGAUAAACAGAAGCAGCUGCAACUGCGUGAAUUUCUGGCCCGCGACGAGAGCGAUGCCAAUGCCUACGAGCUGCCCAAUCUGUCCAGCGUUUACAAGACGAGCAGCUGCCAUGUCCCGCCACUGUCCAACCGCCCCGACACAUCCAAGUCCAGUCGUCCUCUCUCCUCAACGUCGACACACACCAAGGACUGCAGGUCAUCUUCGCUGGCCCAGCACUCGCACAAGCUGGCACACGCCUACUCCAACUACUUUCCGGUCGGGAGUAGCAAGGGUGGCUACGAGAAUGCCUGGCACAAGAGGCACCAUGCCCAUGGACACAAUGCCAAGCGGCAUCAUUCGCUGGCGCCCAGGUGCGAUCGUCUGCGCAUUCAGGAGGCCAAUUUCCUUGAUGGCUACAGUGGAUCGCAUGCUACCCGUAAAUAA